GUCCACCUCAGCCUGCUGGCUGACCCAGCUGACAACAUGCAGGGAGGUGGAGGCUGUGCAGGUCGCAAGGCUGAGGGUCGGAGGGGCUGCCCCCUCUCUUCACCUCCACGCUGUCCACGACAUCCUGACAACAUCCGUCUCUACAACCCCUCUUACAGUGAUGACCGGCAAGAGGAAAAGAGGAAGACGACCCAAAAGAGCUGGUGAAGGACUACCUUAGCUCGAGCCGAGCGAGACGAUGGCUGCUGGUGGUGGACAACGCAGACGACCCAGAUAUUCUGUUUGGGAGCGAACAGUCGCAGGGCAUCGUUGACUACGUGCCGGAGAGCGAGCAGGGGGUAGUGGUCUAUACGACGCGCACGCCGGAGGUGGCGCAGCUCACAUGUGGUGAUGUUAUAGAGCUAGGAGCGAUGAGCCGGCAAGACGCCACAGACUUCUUCACCAAGUCUCUGGUUAGGAGAGACCUUCUCCGCGACGACGCGGCAACGCCCAAGCUGCUGGACGAGCUGCUGGACGAGCUGACGGACUUGCCGCUAGCGAUUGCGCAGGCAGCUGCCUACCUGAACAAGAAUCGCAUGUCUAUCUCGAAGUACAUGCAGCUGCUUCGCAGCACGGAGCAGGACCUUGUCUGCGUGAUGAGCAGGGAGUUCCGCGACGACACACGGUACAAGGGCUCAGCGAACGCAGUGGCGACGACGUGGGUGGUGUCGUUCAGCCAGAUCCGCAAGCACGAUGCAGUCGCAGCAGACCUGCUGGGGUUCAUGUCAUGCGUGGAGUGGAAAGCCAUACCACGGUCACUGCUGCCGAGCGCGCAGUCGGAAGGUCGGGUGGAGGAGGCGAUUGGCACGCUGUGCGGAUACUCGUUUCUGACCAGACGAGACAACAAUACCCGUGAGGCAAAAGAGGAGGGUAACAGCAAGACACAGGUAGAUGACGACGAGGAGUGGUUCGACAUCCACCGACUCGUGCACAUGGCGACGAGGAUCUGGAUCCAUGAGUACGGCGACUUAGCAGAAGUGACGGAUGAUGCCAUGCGGCAUGUUGCGGGAGUCUUUCCAUCUGACGAUUACGCGAACCGACAAACAUGGCGGGCGUACAUGCCACACGCGCUGCGACUCCUCAAGACCAAGCAGGACUGCGACAUCGGAGAGAGGUCGAGGCUCUGCUUGUGGGUUGGUCGGUGCCUGGACGUCGAAGGAAGAAUCCGAGAGUCAGUGGCGUGGCUGGAAGAGUGUUGCAAACUAAGAAGCAUGUCAGAGAAGGACAAUGAGUAUCUACUGUUCGCCCAACACGAGCUCGCAAUCGCAUACGAAGCAGACGGGCAGGUGAAGAAGGCGGUGGAGCUGCUGGAGGCCGUUGUCAAAGCCAGAGAGACGCUGGCGGCAGACCACCCGGAUCGACUGGCGUCGCAGCACGCGCUCGCAAUGGCAUACCAAGCAGACGGGCAGGUGAAGAAGGCGGUGGAGCUGCUGGAAGCCGUGGUCAAAGCGGGAGGGAUGCUGGCGGCAGACCACCCGGAUCGACUGGCGUCGCAGCACGCGCUCGCAAUGGCGUACGAUGCAGACGGGCAGGUGAAGAAGGCUGUAGACUUGCUCGAGAGCGUGGUAGAGAUCAAGACUCGCGUCCUUCGAGCGGAUCAUCCUUCGUUGUUGGUGUCAGUCGAAGUUCUGGCUGACAUCUACGCCAAUCUGGCUGUCGCCUCAGACGAAGCACCGUCCUCUUCGUCACUCGGGAGCCCUACUACGGCUGGCUCUGCUCAAUCUGCUAUGUAGCAGUAUGACUAGAAGGAGCAUGCACUAGUUCCCUCCACUUACAAGCGUUAACAAUCUGAAGCAGCUGGAGACUUGCCAGACAACAGUUGUAAUUAUAUUAAGAAAAAUGCUAUCUAAAGACUCUUUCAC